UCGGGUCGUUGAACCCAGCCGGGCUGACGACAUUGCAGGCUGCUGGCCGGGCCCGGGCGACUCUGCGGUUCCGGUUUGACUCUCAAGCCUCCCAGGAUUUCACGCUGAGUCCUGUCCGUCCUGUCACGCCAGCUUAGAGACCGAGCACCGGGACCAUGUCCGGCCCCAGCUGUUCGUGCGCAGCCAGGAUCAUCAGCAGCACCCUGCAUAGAGGAGUUGCUUGCAGUCGGGGACAUCUGUUAGUUUUUAGAAGACCUGGAACACUUGAGGCUCCUGUAAAGAGGAAGAUACCAUAUAGAGCCUUCUCUGAGACUACCGUGUAUUUUGCCUCUAAAGACGGCGCCAGCAAAGAUGGAUCAGGGGAUGGAAAGAAAACUGUGAGUGAAGGAGGCAGUAAGAAGUCCUCUGGCAGCUCAGGGAAAGGAGGAAAUCAGCUGCGAUGCCCGAAGUGUGGAGAUCUGUGCACCCAUGUAGAGACGUUUGUCUCCUCUACUCGUUUUGUGAAGUGUGAGAAAUGUCACCACUUCUUCGUUGUGCUGUCAGAGGCAGAUUCAAAGAAGUCUAUAAACCGAGAACCUGAGACUGCUGCUGAAGCUGUGAAACUAGCAUUUCAACAGAAACCUCCACCACCACCUAAAAAGAUCUAUAACUACCUCGACAAAUAUGUGGUGGGCCAAUCAUUUGCAAAGAAAGUGCUUGCUGUUGCUGUGUACAAUCAUUACAAGCGGAUUUACAAUAACAUCCCAGUUAACAUAAGACAGCACGCUGAAGUGGAGAAGCAGACCUCUCUAACCCCUCGAGAGUUAGAGAUAAGAAGACGGGAAGAUGAGUACAGAUUUACAAAACUACUGCAGAUUGCUGGGAUCAGUCCACAUGGCAAUGCCUUGGGAGCAUCUAUGCAACAGCAAGUGAACCAACAAAUGCCACAGGAGAGGCGAGGAGGUGAUGUGCUGGACUUGAACAAUGAAGACAUCAAGCUAGAGAAAAGUAAUAUUCUGCUGCUUGGCCCAACUGGGUCUGGUAAAACCCUUCUUGCACAGACAUUGGCAAAAUGCCUGGAUGUCCCCUUCGCCAUCUGUGACUGCACCACCCUGACUCAAGCUGGAUAUGUGGGAGAGGACAUUGAGUCUGUAGUUGCUAAACUGCUUCAGGAUGCCAAUUACAAUGUGGAGAAAGCUCAGCAAGGAAUUGUAUUUUUGGAUGAGGUUGACAAGAUUGGUAGUGUCCCAGGCAUCCAUCAGCUGAGAGAUGUGGGUGGGGAAGGCGUGCAGCAGGGUUUGCUGAAGCUUCUUGAAGGCACUGUAGUUAAUGUCCCAGAGAAAAACUCAAGGAAGCUGCGUGGUGAAACCGUUCAAGUUGACACCACAAAUAUCCUCUUUGUAUCGUCUGGAGCUUUCAAUGGCCUGGACAGGAUCAUCAGUCGGAGAAAGAAUGAAAAGUAUUUGGGAUUUGGCAUUGCUUCGGAUACUGGUAAAGGACGCAGGGCAGCUGCAGCAGCAGAUCUAGCAAAUGCCAGUCCUGAAUCAAAUGCAGUACAAGACAUUGAAGAGAAGGACCGUCUGCUGCGCCAUGUGGAAGCAAGGGACCUCAUUGAGUUCGGCAUGAUCCCGGAGUUUGUGGGUCGCCUACCUGUAGUGGUGCCUCUUCACAGCCUUGACGAGCAGACUCUUGUACGCAUCCUCACCGAGCCACGUAAUGCCGUUGUGCCGCAAUACCAGGCUCUGUUCAGCAUGGAUAAGUGCGAGUUAAAUGUCACUGAAGGUGCUCUGCGGGCCAUUGCUAGACUGGCUCUUGAACGAAAAACGGGUGCUAGAGGCCUUCGCUCAAUCAUGGAGAAGCUCCUUCUUGAGCCCAUGUUUGAAGUUCCAAACUCUGACAUAGUUUGUGUUGAGGUGGACCAGGAAGUGGUUGAAGGCAAAAAAGAGCCAAGUUAUAUCCGAACACAAAAUAAAGAGGCGACCGAGGAAGAGUAUGACUCUGGAGUGGAAGAGGAAGGCUGGUCCCGACAGGCUGAUGCAGCAAACAAUUAGACUGUGCCAGUUCUCUACUGUUCUCCUUCAGUGUUGAAAUUGCUUAUUCUUCUUUAGCGAAAAACUAACACUUUUCACAAUGCUAAAUACAACUUUUAUUACCCGAAAAACUCAACUUUGGGAGAACAACCAGGAAACUCAUUUUAAGGAACUUCAGAUUUCUACUGUAGAGAGCAGUCUUUAUACAAGUCAGACGAUAACGGUGUAUAUUAUCCAGGGCUUUUAUAAGACGAGAAUCUUUUUGUUAACACUUCAUUUACUGGGAUUAGCCAUAAUUAAUUUUACAAUAAUGUUCAGUCAUGCAGGUGGGCACUCUACUGAAACAUGGUUGUUUGGGUUACACAGGGGUCUCUUGCAUCUCCCAAAUUCAUUUUCCAUUAGUUAUUUCUUGUCAGUUCAGAGACUUGUUUUUAUGUCCUUUUUUUUUUAUGUCCUGGCUC